GCAUCCCAUCACCACCGAACGGUCGCAAACAUGGCCACAGAAUUGACCGUCCAAAGCGAGCGUGCUUUCCAGAAGCAGCCGCAUAUCUUCCUCAACUCGAAGGCCCAGAGCGGCAAGACCAAGCGCGUCGGCAAAGGCGGUCGGAGAUGGUACAAGGACGUCGGGCUUGGGUUCAAGACCCCGAAGACGGCCAUUGAGGGCAACUAUAUCGACAAGAAGUGCCCCUUCACCGGGCUAGUCUCCAUCCGCGGCCGUAUCCUCACCGGAACCGUUGUUUCCACGAAGAUGCAUCGAACUCUCAUCAUCCGACGCGAAUACCUCCACUUCGUCCCCAAGUACUCGCGAUACGAGAAACGACACAAGAACCUUGCGGCACAUGUCUCCCCUGCCUUCCGUGUGGAAGAAGGUGAUCAGGUCACCGUCGGCCAGUGCAGACCUUUGAGCAAGACGGUCCGAUUCAACGUUCUACGAGUGCUGCCAAGGACUGGAAAGGCUGUCAAGAAGUUCAGCAAGUUCUAGAUUCUGUUUCUGCAUGGCGAGAGGCUCUACAUGGUUCCUUACGGUAAAAAUGGGUAUUCAUAUCGACAAACGGCGAUAG